UCGCAGCGAGUUCAGUCGCAUUUAAUAGAUUAAUUCUCUACUCUCAGCAGAGACAUCAGUGUCGUUCGAAUCACCCAGAUUGACAUUCAUAUUCGCCCCAGAUACUCAAAGAUCAACAAGCUUUUGUUAGAUCUCUUCCUUCUUCACUUUCAAUCUUUUCUGUGUCUUUCAAAAUUAUUUAUCAACGAAUUUCUACCCAGUGCUUAUUUUGAAAAAAUGAGGAGUGGAGACCAAUUGAGCCAAAUCAGUGACGACGAUUGUUAUGCAGGUGGCAUUUGUCCCUCCUGCAGACUCGCCAUUAACAAGGACACCGGCAGAUUGAAAUGGUGCGUGGGGCGAAAUAAAUUUUGGCGAGCUUGGAUCAGAUAUAUGCUCCUUAUACCUGCAGUAAUUUUACCUGUAGCUAUUAUUUUUAUCGCCUUAUCUCGAUCUGCUGUCGUGGGAAAAUUUUCACUUCAACAACCCAUUGAAAAAAGCACUGAGAGAAGACGAGAGGUUUCAACUGAAUCAUCAAUUUUUCAUUUUUCUACAAUUCCGAGUCACUUAGACGAAACAGAAGAAGAGCGAGUUAUAUUGUCGGACGUGGAAACUAGUUUUGUGCCGACGAAUUCAUUUGUCGAAACAAAACCUCUUCAGCGACACAAAAGAGAAAUGCGCCAGAUGCCUUGGCAAUUGUCGGAUUCACUCAACAGCGACGAAAUGGACGAGGACGAAUCUCAAGAACCGGAUGAUUAUGAAGAAGACGAUUUACCGUUAUUCGAUAAUUCUUGGAUGCAGAUGGUCGACUUGGAAGAUACAACUGAUGAUUUUUAUACCUUCUGGAAAGGCGAGGGAAAUCGAAAUAGUAUUCGAAAAGCCCAAGCAAAGAUGAUGCUGAAAUACAUGGAUAGAAAUGCGGAUCCUUGUGAGGAUUUUUAUCAAUAUGCAUGUGGCAACUGGGAAAAAAAUAAUCCAAUUCCGAAAGAUAAAGCUGGAUAUGACACUUUUGAAAUGCUGAGAGAAUCGUUGGAUUCAGUAUUGAAGGAACUGCUAGAAGAACCAAUUCCUUUAAAUUUGAAAGAUUCCAAUGAUGCUAUCAUCAAAGCGAAGCACCUUUUUCAAAGUUGUAUGAAUUAUGAGAUCUUGGAACAAAGAAUGGAGAAGCCUUUACUGGAGCUUUUAGAUGAAUUGGGUGGCUGGCCAAUUCUUCGUCCAGAUUGGAGUCCUGAGAAAUUCGAUUGGCUUUUAUUAAUCGCACAAUUGCGCCUAUAUAAUAAUGAUAUUCUCAUUUCUGAGUGGGUUGGACCUGACAUUAAAAACAGCGAUCAAUAUGUCAUACAAUUUGAUCAAACAUCCCUGGGUUUGCCAACAAGGGACUACUUUCUUCAAUCUUCAAAUGCAGUUUACCUCAACGCGUAUAAAAGUUACUUGAUUAAAGUAGCAACCCUCUUAGGAUCACCUUUGGAAAAUGCAAAAAAGCAGGCAGAAGAACUGAUUGAAUUCGAAAGAAGGCUAGCGAAAAUCACUUCUUCACCAGAUGAGAGGAGAAACGUUUCCGACCUUUACAAGAGGAUGAGCAUUGAAGAGUUAAGAUUGGCGAUUCCGCAGAUAGACUGGCAUCAGUAUUUAUCGAUCGUUUUGGCUCGUCCUGCUAAUAUUUCCGAACCAGUUGUUAUAUUUGCUCUUAAAUAUAUUCAGGAUUUGGUGAAUCUUAUUUCAAAAACUCCACCAAGGACAGUAUCAAAUUACCUUUUAUGGAGAUUUGUAAGACACAGAGUUAACAAUCUGGACGAUCGUUUUCAAGAAGCUAAACAGAGGUUUUAUUUUAUUCUUUUUGGGCGAGAGCAAGCUCCACUUAGAUGGAAAAAUUGUGUCGCCCAAGUCAAUUCAAAUAUGGGAAUGGCAGUUGGAUCCAUGUUCGUUAAAAGAUAUUUUGAUGAAAACAGCAAAAAUGAUACGCUGUCUAUGACUCAGGAAAUUCAGCAAUCUUUCAGAGAAUUACUGAACAAAAUCAACUGGAUCGAUAAAGACACAAAGAAAAUAGCAAGUGAAAAAGUAGACGCAAUGUUUCUUCGGAUUGGAUAUCCAGAUUUUAUAUUAGACCCUGAAUUGCUCAACGAACGCUAUAAAGAUGUUAUCAUACGUCCGGAUAAAUAUUUCGAGAAUACUUUAAAUAUCUUGCAUCAUUUAACUAGAGUCGAACAGGAUCGCCUAGGAAGUGCUGUUAACAAAACUCUCUGGAAUACUGCUCCAGCAGUUGUAAAUGCUUAUUACAGUCGAAAUAAAAAUCAAAUAAUGUUUCCUGCUGGAAUUUUGCAGCCACCUUUUUACCACAGAUACUUUCCCAGAAGCUUAAAUUACGGGGGAAUCGGAGUCGUAAUUGGUCAUGAGAUAACUCAUGGUUUUGACGAUAAAGGUCGUUUAUUCGACAAGGAUGGGAAUUUGCACAGAUGGUGGAAAGACGAUGCAAUUGAAGAAUUUCAUCUGAGAGCCCAAUGUCUGAUUGAUCAAUAUAGUCGAUAUACAGUGACGGAUGUGGAUAUGCCAAUCGAUGGUGUCAAUACUCAGGGAGAGAAUAUUGCUGACAAUGGUGGAAUCAAACAAGCCUUUAGAGCUUAUGAAACGUGGCUGAGGACAAACGGAGACGAAAAUGAGAAUCUUCCAGGUAUCAAUGCCACCGGAAAGCAAUUAUUUUUCUUGAAUUUUGCGCAAGUAUGGUGUGGGUCGAUGAGACCGGAAGCAACUAGAAAUAAAUUGAAAACUGCAGUGCAUUCACCUGGCAAAUUUCGAGUGAUUGGCACCCUUUCCAAUACAAAAGACUUUGCGCAAGUGUUUAAUUGUCCUCUUGGAACGACAAUGAAUCCGACAAAAAAGUGUUCAGUUUGGUGAAAAAAAAGUUUUAUAUAAACUUAGGAGAGCUUCUAGUCGAAGCUUAAACAUUUAUUUACCUGAAAAACUGAAAAAGUGUACAUUUAUAUUUAAUUUAGAGGCCAAGAAAAAUAUACUCAAUUUCUAUAAUAAUUUCUUCACAUUCUUUAGAGAAAAGUUGUAAUCUUAAAAGUGUAAGUAUUCAUUAUUAACUAUUUUUA